AUGGAGCGAUCACGAUAUAUGGAACGGAUUUUGAAACAAACAAUUGAGGGGAUCGCACUUGAUACCAAGAACUUAGCCAGAUUGGCAGAAGCACUCGAGGCCGAUAACGGAGAUAGAGCCACCGUCCCCGAGCCCAAGGAUGGAGACAUGCUGAGUAUAAACGAUGAGGCCUGUACGAUGGUGCCCGUCGGAGAUACCACAACGCACUUUUCUGGCGAAUUUUCAUAUUGGAAUUUUUCUAUGCGAAUCAAAAGCCAUAUUGAAAGCCAGAUACAAGAACCCGAGAAGUCGGAUCCUGAUCCCGCUUCGGAUUUCCCACGCGCUCGUCAAUUACGUUCAGGAAAUCACCAUUUGUCCACAGCCAUCUUUUCAUGUCCCCCGCGGCAUAUCGCGGGCUUCUUGGUGAAGACAUUCUUUAAAUAUGCAGAAACUCACUACUUUUUUGUUGAAGAAACUUGGGUCUAUGAACGACUCGACUCACUAUAUAAUGACCCACAAUAUUUCACUGCCAAGGGGAACGAAGUGGCGAUCAGCAUCCUUCUAACAGUCUUCGCUAUCGGCACGCAGUAUGCGCAUCUUGAAUCUCUAGGCCAGGGUUCGGAGAGAAAUUCGAGAUCCACAUUCUCAGAAGAUGAUGUGGGGGCCGCGUUUUACCAACAGGCAAUUCGACUUUUACCCGAAAUCAUCGAAAUUUCCUCCCUAGAAAGUGUUCAGGCUUGUUUGCUAUUUGGCUACUAUGCACUUCCUGUUGAUGCAUCAGGUCUGGGGUUUAUCUACAUCAACCUUGCCAUGCGGCUUGGAAUGCAGAACGAUGUGGAUGCGAAUCCUCCCAUUUAUCAGGAGUUACAUCCCGAAGACUGCCCCGGAAGUAUUACAAGAUCCUGCAUCUCCAUCCAGCUGGUUCAUUUUCUUGAGGAUCUUUUUACCGAAAUCAACCUUCUUCGAAAUUGUCAAAAGCACGAAGCACCAAAGAUAGUAUCGCGCCUAGUCACUGGCAAAAGUGCUUUGACAAACUGGUGGAACUCUCUUGCCAAGGAUGUCGUGAAUGGUGAUAUUCAGCAAGAGAAGCAUGUCCGCUCUACUAUGCAUCUACGCCUAGAAUAUUGCCUGGUGCGAAUGUUUGUUGGAAGACCAUUUCUUCUCAAGCAAGACAGACAAGCCUCCAACAGCAGUUCACCAGCCAAUUCAGAUACCAUGACUGAAUCACAUGUCAAGGUCACUGAAGGAUAUCAGAAAUCCGGCCGUGAUGAUUUAAUUGACGAUUGCAUUCAAGCAGCGACCGAGGCAUUGGAUAUAUGCUCGCAGCUACGUGACAGCGGCAUUGGUCUGGCGCGAGCUUCAUACAUCGAGUAUAGCUCGUGCCGGGCCUCAUUGCUGGUUCUGAUCGCUUACUCGAUACAGAAUUUUUCGGAACAAUUUCGCAAGCCUCUGUGUGCCGGUCUGGAAAUGAUCCGAGAGAUGUCGACUGCCGGGGAAUCAGCAAGGUCUGAGGUGUCAUUGAUCGAAUCGCUCGAACGUGCACUUGCGCGCUUGCAUACUGGUGUGCAACAAUCCCAGCCUAAUAGUGUUCGAAGCCUACCUAUCUCAGACUACGAGGCUUUCAAGAAUUGGGGUGCCCAUCUAACAGAAAAUAAGAAUGUUGAUCAAGCCCAACCUGCUGAUCGUUCAAGUGGUCCGAAUAACAGCAUAGCGUUCUCAUCCGGCCAACAAGUCCCCUUUGAUCCUUAUCAUAACAACAUGGCAAAUCUCGAUGUCGAUAUCAUGGACGGCUUCGACCCUUUAGUUGAAAUGUCCAUCUUUGGUGCCGAGAACGUCUCUCCAUCUGCAGCUUGGCCAACCUAUACCGAAGCCCAGGUCCUCGAGCAUUUCAUUACAAAUUCUCAUUACAUAGCACACCAAGGAACAUAA